AUGCAGAUAGCGACAGCGCCAGAUGAACCUCUCGAUAUCACAGGAGCUCGAGAGAACAUUCCGUCGGCGCUGUCGGACUUCUUUAACGUCCAUCCUCAACGCAUACGAGAGCUCGAGACUGACAUCAGGAAAGGCCGGGUAAUUGUCAUGACAUUGUGCGUUGCGGACAUUGACGAUCCCUCGGCUUUGUCGGGCAUCGACUUACUCAUCAACAUCACUGAGUCUGGGAAGGACCCAACUCAUACGAUGUGGACCAGCAACGAUUGGCUUUACGAGUAUAGCCAACGGAUAACCUUCAAACCUAUUGGUAAGCCAACUGAAAGGCUCCAGUCGGAAGAGAAUCCCUCAAGGUUUGGCCGAGGCGAUCCUCACGAGACUGGCCUCGUUGGAAACCAAGAGGUCAGAAGAGGGAAGGUCACGCGAACCACCUGCUGA